GGCAGCGUAAGUUGAACGCGAUUGGACGCUUUGUGCCGUAAAUCGCAGUCGUAACAGAACGCAUGGGACAGCGCUGUGCCAGCGUGUGUGUGUUCACCUAAAGUGAUGGAGGCCAAAUCCAAAAAACCCUUUUCUCCUAAAGGUGGAAAGAAGCAGAAACCUACACAGAAAGGAAAAGAUUCCAUAGGGACCAAAUUUGGUGGGAAACCAGGUGGAAAACCAGGCAGCAAGAAGCCUUUCAAACCUUACAACAACACAGAGAAGAAGAGCAGACCGGGGAAAGGUAGAGAUGGCGGCAAGAAAGAACAGAAAUUUGCCUUCUCCAAAGCCGGGAUGGGGCAGAAGAAGAGGAAACUGUCGUCAGCGAACGAUGGAGAAGAAGGCGGAGGCCCAGGGGCUAAGAGGAUGAAGAAAGGUGAGUUCAAGCCGAAGAAGAAGGAGCUGACGAAGGAGGAGCUGAAUAAGAACAGGCAGCAGAGGAAGAAGGAGCUGAAGAAGAACAGACAGCAGGCGGAGAGGAAGGACAUGUUUCAGAUCAUCUGUCAGUGCAAACAAGUGUGGGGAGACCUCAGGAGGAAGAAAUGUGACAACGAAUUGAGGACGAAACUCAUGAAGGAUCUUCACGAUCUGAUCCGCGGGAAAAUCAAACAGAUGGCGUUCGCUCACGACUCGGUGCGAGUGCUGCAGUGUUUCAUCCAGUUCGGCAGCCACGAGCAGAGACAGGAAGUGUUUGCUGAACUUAAAGAUGACAUCAUUGGUUUGUGUAAGUCGCAGUAUGGCCGACACGUGGUGAAAAAACUGCUGAUGUACGGGAACAAGGAGCUGUUGGCGGCCGUGAUGCAGACGUUUAAAGGUCACGUACGCCCGAUGCUCCGUCACGCCGCCGCCUCAUCCAUCAUCGAGUACGCCUACAACGACAAAGCCGUGCUCGCACAGAGACUCAUGCUCACGGAGGAGCUGUACGGGAACACGUUCACUGUCUGCAAGUCGUCGGUGUGUAACACCAUCGAGAAAGUUGCAGAGAUGAACCCAGACAAGCUGAACAACAUCAUCGAUGAGAUGAAGCAGAUUCUCACGCCCAUGGCCCAGAAAGAACAGGUGAUCAAACACUCUCUGGUCCACAAAGUUUUCUUGGACUUCUUCCUGCUCGCACCUGACAAACAGAGGACGGAGAUGAUCGAGUCCAUCAGAGAGUCAGUCGUCUACAUGGCUCACACACACGACGGAGCGCGAGUGGCGAUGCACUGUCUGUGGCACGGGACGGCCAAGGACAGAAAAAUCAUCAUCAAAACUAUGAAGACGUACAUGGUGAAGUUUGCCACGGGAGAGUUCGGUCACCUCGUUCUUCUGGCCAUAUUCGACUGUGUGGACGACACCAAGCUGGUCAAACAGGCAGUGCUCUCGGAGAUUCUGUCGUCUCUGGACGAAGUCAUCGGAAAUAAAUACGGUAAGAAGGUUCUGCUGUACCUGCUGAGCCCCAGAGACCCGGCUCACCUGCUGCCAGAGAUCAUCAAGGUGUUGGAGCAAGGAGACGGAAACGCACACAGUAAAAAGGACUCGGCCACUCGGAGGAAAGAGCUGUUGGAGGUCGUCUCCCCGCCGCUGCUCGAGCAUCUCCGUGAAAACGCCGGCACCAUGGCGCUGGACAAGGCCACCAGUGUCACAAUUAGCGACAUUUUGGCGUCAGCCUGCGGCGACCUGCGGCCCGCUAUGACGGCCGUCGCUCAGCUGGCCAAUCAGGAGUUAGUACCGGGAGGGAUCAAAGGACAGCUUCACAUGGCGGAGCAUCCAGCAGGACACCUGGUGCUGAAAUGGCUCAUAGAGCAGGACCUGACACUGGCAGAGGCAGGCAAGGAAGAGCGGUUCGGCAGGAUCCUGGUGGACACAGUGGGAACAGACAAAAUGAAGAGCUGGGUGAAAGUCAACAGAGGAGCCAUGGUGCUCUGCAGCCUCCUGAACAGCUGUGACAAGUCCGUGGUCGCAGAGGUGAAGGAGGCGCUCAAAUCCAUCACGUCAGAGCUCAGCAGCAUCAGCAACAACAAAGGAGCUGAAAUCCUGCUGGAGAAUCUCAACAAGUAGAGACUUUUAAUUUGUUAAAACACGUCACUUCCUGUGCAGCAGUGUUUGCAGCCGCGAAUGAGGACGUUUUCAGGACCUGGAACUGUCAUUCCACUGCUGCAGAAAUGGAUUGUGUCUUUGAGAAUAAUGAAAUAAAAGUGUUUGGAGGACGAAGUGAUGCUACAAGAAAACAGGUUCAAAUACAUAGAUGCCACCUGUGUGCAGUUUUAUCAUAUAUAAAAAGUAACUUAAGUAAACAUAAAUCCUCAUAAUUCAGAAACGUCUCAAAACUGGGACAAAUAAAAUCAAAACUAUCUACAAAUACUUGAUGUCCAGUCAUCCUGAUUGUCGGUGCCAUCCACUUUUUCAGGUUCUUUUUUUGUAAUAUUUUGUAUUUUGUGUGAUAAUUGUAUCAACUGAAAACAAAAUGUGUUGGAGAAUAAAGAUUAUUAUGAGAACUUCA